CCCCUUGCUGAGUUGGUCGCAAUCAUUGUUUCGCUUCAGCAUUAACCACAUUCCAGAGAGGCGGAGUGCACCCCGUCCACUUCCUCGCAUUCCUUCUCCACAAACGAGUCCCUUGCGCUAAAUUGUGUUUAAAAUGGGUUUUGGCGCACUCUGUCUCUUUUAUAUGUAAGAUGUGGCUGUUAGUGGUGCAUUGCAAUAUUUUCUCGACCUCAGAUUUAAAUGUGAGGCUCUUUUGGAAAUCUGGAGAAAAACUUGACAAGGGAAAAUUCCUCCGCGCAGCGCGCCAUUGACUGUAAAGACCUUUCAAUUUAACAAAAACUGAAGUUGACAAAUGUAUCCUGACGUUGAAACUUUGUGAUAAGGGUUUAUGUUUUCGAAGAAAAAGAUCAUGCAACGCUUCGAUAUUUCCAAGCACACUGGCUGUUCAGCAAACAGGCGACGAUGCCUGGAUUGAGCCUGCGUUUUGUUAUGAUUUCCAAGUGAAAUGCAAUUACUGCUAUCUCACUCGGUAGUCGGUUUGUGGACUAGUGCGCUCUUUCUCUGAACUUGUUCGUCGGCUCCGAAGCAAACCAUGGAUCACUAUGAGGAAGAUUUGGGACUCCGGGCGAGUAAAUUAAUGGAGGACCUUUCCUUAUAUGAAGCAUACAAGGAUGGAAUGUACAGUUUAAGGAGGGACAUGGUUAUCAACCCCGAUUUGGAUUUUUCGUCUCCAACGAUACCCGAGCAGAAAAGUACGACAAUGAAUGGCAACUCUGUGCCUCAGCAACAGACACACACCGUUGAGAAUUACGUGACUGGGAAUAAAGUGUACACUGCGGCUCCCGUGCGCCCCGUGAAUGGCAACAGAGCCGUUCCUGUGGAUUAUUGCACCCCUCAAAGAGACAUAGUUUAUCCUAAUGAAGAUAGCUAUUGCACCAAAUCCGAAAUUGCUUUGCCGUGUUAUAGCGGUGCGUCCGAGCGACACCGGAGGUACUCCUUGGAGGUGCUGGGGCAUAGGUACAGCACUGGUAGCGCGUACGAUGGAGUGGUUUUGAACAAGCCAGUACCUUCACCUGGCAACAGAUGCAACAGUAUAUGUGUUACCACCAACCACGACGGCAGAUACAAUGCAACCAGCCCGCGGUCCAGUUUCGUAUCCUCCCUCUCCUCCCAGGAGCAAAGCAAACAUGCAAGCCCGAGGUCGAGCAUCAGUAGCCCGCGCACGAGUCUGGUGGUACCCGGGCAAGACAAGUAUACGAGUCCCAGGUCCAGUCUGGUACACUGUGAAGGGAGCAGUGCCCCCAGCCCCCGGUCUAGCUAUGCAAGUACAGCCAGUGACACAAGUAAACAUUCCAGCCCAAGGGCCAGUCUGAACAGCUAUGACUGCUGCAGUAAGCCCAGCAGUAACCGCACCAGCGGCAUCAGUAUGGGCUACGACCAAAGGCACAUCAGCCCCAGGUCCAGCACAGCGAGCCAGUAUUCUUGUACCACCAGUCCACGCUCUAGCUAUUCAGAUUCGCGUUACAUGCCUGUGGAGAACCAUGAUCUGGAGGGUGCAGUUUUGCAUGGCAUGCCGGUGGCCAGUCCCCGGUCAAGCAUCUGCAGCCAGGACGGGUGCGCAAGACCCGGGACAAUAGCUAACUGCGUCGUUAGUCCCCGGUCCAGUAUCUCCAGCCACAGUUCCAGAAGUUCCCAGAGCUCCAGGGGAUCUAUGAGCACCUACCCAGAUCUCCAACUGCCUUCACCCAGGUCCUCAAUGCUGGGGACUGGUUUGCAGGAGGACAUACUAACACAAGAUUGUGGCGAUACCAACGGUGUUCAUAGUCGUAUCCAUCUCCAAGCGCUCUCUGGGAUGCCAGAGGCCCUGCCACAGCAUGCACCACAACAGUCAACCCAGGCAGGGAUGAACACAGAGGUGACCGCUGGAUCACCAUCAUCUUCUUAUGGGCUCCAUACGAAAACUCCAGCCUCAGGGCAGAGGUUUAAACUACCUUACCAGGUGACCCCAUGCCGGGAAAGUGGCCCAAGCCAAGCAGAAAGGAGUCUGGAAGCACUCACCUUGGAGCUGGAGAAGGAGUUAGAAAUGCACAUGAAAAAAGAAUACUUUGGUAUCUGUAUCAAGUGUGGGAAAGGUGUGUAUGGAGCCAGCCAAGCCUGUCAGGCCAUGGGGAAUCUGUACCAUACCAACUGCUUCACCUGUUGCUCCUGUGGGAGGAGGCUGAGAGGGAAAGCUUUCUACAACGUCAACGGCAAGGUCUACUGUGAAGAGGACUUCCUGUACUCUGGCUUUCAGCAGACGGCAGAGAAGUGCUUUGUAUGUGGUCACCUCAUCAUGGAAAUGAUCCUGCAGGCACUAGGCAAGUCCUACCACCCUGGCUGCUUCCGCUGUGUGGUCUGCACAGAGGGUCUGGACGGAGUGCCUUUCACUGUGGACGUGGAGAACAACAUCUACUGUGUUAAAGACUACCACACGGUCUUUGCCCCAAAAUGUGCCUCAUGCAACCAGCCCAUCCUCCCUGCUCAGGGCUCUGAGGAGACCAUCCGGGUGGUGUCCAUGGACAAGGACUACCAUGUGGAGUGCUAUCACUGUGAGGACUGUGGCCUCCAGCUAAACGACGAGGAGGGUCACCGCUGUUACCCCCUAGAUUGCCACCUGCUCUGUCACGGCUGCCACAUCCGCAGGCUCAAGGUCCCGGUGCCCGGACACCAGCCACCCAGUUACCCACUACACGUCACUGAGCUGUGAGAGGGCAGGGUCGGCGAGGAACCAACCCCAUCCAAGCCCAACCCACCGCUGACCUGCCUCCCAGGUGACCUGAGACAACAUAGCAGAAAGAAGAACGAAUCCCCCGCCCACGGAAUCCCGGGAACUUCAGAACCUCUUCUUGCAUGACAGAACAGAACAGAGAGACCCUGGGAGACUUCGCUCUCUACUUGCCGGCCGUGCCCUGGGGAGAGGAGAUAGAUACAGGGCCAUGGACAAGUCACAAGACCGGGCUGGGAGAGAGUCCAGUCUCUCUCUCUCUCUCUCUCUCAUCAGUUUUUUUCUCCCUCCUUUCUCCUUUUGGUCUGUGAACAGUGAAGCAGGCCGAGGCCCCAGCCCACCCAGAGGCCCUGGCCGAUGUCAGCACCGUGACCCCUUCACAUUCAUCACAGUGGGGACUGGCCUGGAUGGAGGGAGGGGGCCACUCUCUCUCUAUCUCUAUCGUUCUCUUUUUUCCUCCCUUUCUGUUUUCUUCAUUCCUUCGAGCUGAAGCCCUAUGCCAUGAUGCAUUUACUGCUCCUCUGUCAGAGAGAGAGAGAGCUGGACAGCGUCUCUGCCAGGAGGCUGGGAGGCCAUGAAACAGGCCGCUACAUAACAUUCCAGCACUGUCUGGCAGGGUUAGAGGGUUGGACAUGCUGUGCCUUCAGAGUGGCCUUCCACUGAGAAACCCCACCGAAUGGUGACAGUGCCACAGUCCAGCUAUCUACGGCUCCUUUUGGCUAUGCAAGGGUACCGAGUCUACCAGCAACAGAGCGCCUUCGUGUGCCUCUGUGACACACUCUCCUGUACCAUCCCUUCGUGUGACUCUGUGACACACUCUCCUGUACCAUCCCUUCAUGUGACUCUGUGACACACUCUCCUGUACCAUCCCUUCGUGUGACUCUGUGACACACUCUCCUGUACCAUCCCUUCAUGUGACUCUGUGACACACUCUCCUGUACCAUCCCUUCGUGUGACUCUGUGACACACUCUCCUGUACCAUCCCUUCA